CGCAAUCGCAGUAUUUGCAAUUUCAGUCUGUAGUCUGUACAUACUGUUUGCCAGUGUUUGCAAUAUUUUUAUUGAGGUGUUAUUUAUCUAUUCAGUUGCUUUAAAAAUAUUAUUAUUUAACUACCAUUUGCUAUGCGAUCUUAGAAAUACCUACAGGCUUUCAAUUUUAUCUACUAAAUUAGCAACGUUUACCAAAAUGAUUCCUUUUAUAUUAUUUGUAUUCUUUACUACGUUUACAUAUGGCGAUGAAAGUGUAAAAUAUGCAGCUAUAAUAUUUAGACAUGGCGAUAGAACUCCCGUCGAUCCUUACCCCACGGAUCCUUGGAAGAAUGAGUCACUGUGGCCGGUGAAAUUUGGAGAACUUACCAAUAUUGGUAAAAGCCAGCACUAUGCCCUUGGAAAAUGGCUUAGACAAAGAUAUUCGCAUUUACUGUCCGAUGACUUUGAUCCUACACAGAUAUAUGUCAGAUCAACUGAUGUAGACCGCACUCUCAUGUCAGCUCAAGUAAAUCUAGCGGGAAUGUAUCCAGCGAAUGGUAAGGCUAUAUGGAACUCAGAUCUGAUGUGGCAACCUAUCCCAGUCCACACUGUACCAGAAAAAGAUGACGAACUCCUUGCUAUGAAGAAACCGUGUCGUGCCUAUGACAAGGAGCUGGACAGACUGAUACACUCAAAACCAUAUAAAGACAGACUGAGUAAAUACCAACAUCUGAUGGAUUACUUAUCUGCGUACACUGGGAUGAAAGUUAAAGACUACUACGAUAUUGAUGACAUCUAUAGUACACUGUAUAUCGAAUCUCUAUAUAAUUUUACAUUGCCCAACUGGACGCAUUCAGUGUAUCCUGAUCAAAUGCGAGAGCCAGCGUGCUACAGUUUUACAACUCCAACUGGAACACCACUUCUUGCCCGAUUGAAAGUGGGACCCCUUCUCAAGCAUAUUAUGGCUCAUAUGUUGAAAGCCACGUCUAAUGACAAUGAUUUAAAUCAUCAUAAAGUGGUGAUGUACAGCGGCCAUGACUUGACUGUUGGAAGUGUGCUCAAUGCAUUGGGCUUGUAUGAUGGGAACUGUCCAGUUUACACAUCUACCAUACUCUUUGAACUUAUAGUAGAUAAUAAAACUGAGCCCGCUGGACACUUUGUUAGAAUCUUAUACAGGAAUUCUACAGAAAUUGUGGAGCCAAAUGUUCUGGAAAUACCAUUCUGUGGAUCUGUCUGUCCAGUAGAAAGAUUCAAGAAGCUUUAUGAUAAUCUUCUUACUGUAAAUUGGGAGGCAGAGUGCAGUGAACAGUUCCCCGCAUUGCUUGGAGCUUCGUUUGUCGUUGGACUUUGUCUAUUCGUUACGAUUUACAUUGCUCACAAAAUACACUUCGCCCGAGUAUAUAAACAGUACAGGAAAAAUGUUGUUUACACAACAGUUCAGAAUCCAGCUAUGGCACCAACUACAGCUUUCAAUGUUUAGGUGCUGGUUUGGCGGAUA